AAUGGGAAAUCGAACCCGUGUCUUCGGCGUGACGAGCUAACACUCUAACCACAAGGCUACUCCACCACCGCCCAGUAAGCACGAGAAAAGCAACGUAUAUUCAAAUAUCAACUCAUGCCACGUCUGUAAUAGUUUCACAACAUAAUACAAAUGGUCAGUUUAGCCACUUUACCAGCACACAUAUGACAGGUUAUAACCACGAUAUGUUUAGUCAUUUUUGGGAAUGAGAGUUUGUAAUGAUCUGAAUUCGUUUGAAUGACUAAUACAUCAAAGGACAAUCGACAGCUCUAUGGCCUUGACAUUGGUAUCGAUGAGGAAAAUACCAUUGCAUUCAACAGCUAUUACCUACAGUUGUUUGUGCAGCUUUAUUGCACACACACUGCACACUGCACACAGUCAGUAUACUUCAGGACACAUACGCAUAACAUUACCGUGUUGGGAGACUGCCAAGGACUAUAAAUAGGCGCAACGUUAGCAACGGAUCGAUUGCUGACAAAGGCGUCCUCUGCUGACAUUUAACAGUCCCAGCAUGAAGCGAAUGCCUUAUACAGAGUUCGGCGAAUAGAGGUUAUUGAGCGUCAUGGCGGUGCUGCUGGGCUACUAGUGUUAGGCAUUAGACUUCACAAAACGGUCAAAAUGGAGGAGUUCCCACCACUGAUGCCUGAAGCCAGGGCUGGAAAGAAGACCAGAGGUAAAGAGGAAAAGAUGAAAGAACAGCCUACACCUGCACUUGGUAAACCUUGUUUGAAAGAUCUGGCAAGCUUUCUGGAACAGAGGGAAACAACCGGCAGAGAUGAACAGCUUUCAGAUGACGAAUGUGACAGCACAAGAACACAGAGCCCCAUUUCUAUCAGUUUACCACCCUUAUCAACAGUUCAACAGGAUAUGCAUGGAACUGGAACGAAGGCUACAACGUCAAAACCAUUGAUAAAAGGAAAACAGAAAAAGAGAAAGUUUGUUUCUUUAGACUUUAACCUUCCAUCAGCUAAUUCAGAAACUCAUCAUGGAAUGUAUGGGAGCAAUCUUCAUGGAGCCCAGGGGCGUGAAACAGCCAUCAGAGAUUCCUUGAGGUCUCCCGCAAAUGUGAAGCCAGAUUAUGAGAUUGAAGAUGACGCUGCAACACCCAAAUUAGAAUACCUUGAUGACUCCAACACGGUGGCGAAAAGUGUGAUGCAGAAAUUGGAAAAGCAAAAUCAGAGUUCAAAUCUGUGCUAUAAUCAUACCAGCACAAUCCACAUGAUCGAAAACCCCUCCAUGAGUGACCAAGGCGAUGUGGGGAGAAGUCUGGCAUAUAACCCAGGCCUUCAACAAGGAGGACCAUGUGCAGGCAAAAGGUAUGACUGUAAUACCAACACAAUCUCAACUGUCGAGGCAACACGUGUCUCUGAAACACACGUCCUUGUGGAUAAACUGACAGAAGACAAAAAAAGCAACAAACCUUCAAAGAAGGGGAAGAAGCACAAGACACACAUGGUGCCUGCUCCUGUUGAGAUACUGGGAUUUAAAACAAAGAAUCCCAGUCGGAACACAAAAAGCGACAAAGGGAGUACAAUUUCCAAAGCUUUAGACAUUAAGAUCUCAACGCCUAAACGUCCAGCACAACGAAAGACUCAAAGGCGAGUCAUUCCCACUAUCCAGCCUGAUGACACGGACAGUUCAGAUGAACCGGUGGAGCGAGACUAUAAAUGGAUUCAUAAAAAACUCACCGAUAGAACGAUUUCUUUGUCCCUCUUGAUGUCUUUACAAAGUCAGCCAUCCCCUUUAAUAGCACUGACUCUUGCCAGGAAUGUUGAUCUGGAUGAUCUGUUGAAUGAUGAAGCAUCUGACAUAGAAGACUGUCUUCUACUUUUGUCUCUGAUUUCCAGAGGAUGUGAGUGUCAAGUUGUGCCAAAGACUGGAUUGCAAAUCCUUACAAAGAUGACAGUGUUUGUCUCAAAACAUUUACGCUCCCUAACUACACGACUCGCAGAAAGAGUGCAAACAAUUGAGUCAUUGACAAUUCAAAACUUUUUCAGAGAUAUGGUGACAAUAUUGAAAGAGAUGGUACACAGAGUGAAGGACACUGGUACUGAUCCAACAGCAAUACCCACUCUAAUUCUUAUUGCUGCAGCUAAACAGUUGACAAUUCCUGAAGAGUCACUACAGGCGAUCCUCCUUGAUCUGAGGUCAUUGAGAGACGCGAGAUUCAAAGUAUGUGAAGAUACUUUCUUGCAUAAGGAUGACAAUUUCCGUCAAAUAAAGCUCAUGCCCACAAAUGAUGACAUAAAUCCCGCCAUGAAACCACUCCUGAAGAAAAACAAGGUAGUCGGCAAAUACACAGACGUUGAUGAAUAUUUAGAUGUUCAGUACAGGCUACUCAGGGAAGACUUCAUUCAGCCUUUACGAGAAGGGGUUUCAGAGUAUCAAGACCUAUUGGCCAUGAAGGACAGAAGAGCAACACGUCUGUAUCAGAAUGUACUAGUCAGGCGCUUCUUCUGCUCAGAAGAUGGAAUCGUAUACCGAUUACAAUUUGAUGUAAGCAAACUUUCACAUGUUGACUGGGGUAAUACAAAGAGACUCAUGUAUGGAUCAAUGGUAUGCAUCUCAUCUGACAACUUCCAGACAGUACGGUUUGCAAUAAUUAGUGAUAGAAAGCCUGAGAAACUUCAACAAGGGAGAAUUGAUAUCAAGUUUGAUAAUAAAGUCAAACUUGAUCCAGGAACGAAGUUUACAAUGGUGGAAACGCCAGCUCUGUUUGUUGCAUAUCGACAUGUGCUGAUCGGAAUUCAGCAGAUAGAGAGUAACAAACUUCCAAUGUCUGAAUACUUUGUGGAAUGUCGUGCAACACUGGCACCUCCAGAGUAUUUGACCAAAGAUGACGCCAUCAGCUAUGAUAUGAGUGGUCUUGCAAAGACGUCAGAAGACGUCAGCAGAGCUUCAUUCAAGUCUGUAUGUGUACACCAGGAAGUGGAAUGGCCUAUUGCUAGCGAUCUUGAAAUGGACGAAUCCCAGUUCAAUGCGUUCCAUACAGCUCUUACUAAGGAACUUGCCAUCAUUCAAGGGCCUCCUGGAACCGGCAAGACCUAUGUUGGUCUGAAGAUUGUGAAAGCCUUGAUGCAAAACAGACAUGCAUGGAACCCUGAUAACUCGAGACCAUUACUGGUUGUUUGCUACACCAAUCAUGCACUCGAUCAGUUCUUGGAAGGAAUUUUGACAUUUUUCAAAGCGAAGGUUCUCAGAGUGGGUGGGCGAUCAAAAAGUGAAAUACUGGUUAACCAUAACCUCAAUCGCAAAAGAUCUGAGCUGUUCAGGCGUAAAGCCCUCCUAGAUGAAGACAUCAGUGAAAUUCUGGAAAUCCGACAUGAAUUGAAGGACGACUUCCUUGUGUGCCAAAGGGAGAUAGAGGAGUAUGGACAACAAGUUGAUGCAACAACAGAAGGAGUCCUUCAUGAAGACUAUUUAAGGCCCUUUAUGAAGCAGCAUUUUAGGAAGAUUACCAAAACAUUCGGUAAGAAGGACCGUUUUUCUGCCCUCCUGGAAUGGCUGGAUAUUAAAGGAAUAGGCAAAGAGGUCUCAACGCGCCCCACUCAUACAGCAGCAGCCAAGGCAAGCGUAGAGAAGGAUGACGUUGGGCAGGUUGAUGAACACGAAGAAGAGGAUGAGACAGAAAAGGAAAGGAAGCUUGAUGACAUUGAUGAAUACCUGCAAUUACAAACAAGAAAUUUAUCCAUGUAUAGGAAUCAGUGUCUAGCUGUUAGUCUUCAUGACUGUGAUUUGACAGAUGACAAGUGGAAAACUAAACACAAAACGGCUAUGAAAAGGGAUAGCAGACAAACACUGAAAACACGUUUGAGAAAGGAACUUUUGUCCCACGCAAAAAUGGAAACGCAUGAAGCAUCCAGCGUGGAUGAUGCAAGUGCUCUGACAAUAGCUGACCGAUGGCGAUUGUAUAGGUACUGGGUUGACCAGUUUUGCCAAAAGAUGCACCACCUGAUGGGACCUCUGAAGACAGUAUGUCAGAAUGCUGCUGAUAGGUACAAAGAAGCAAAUGCUUUGGUCGACAAAUACGUCUUUGAACAUUCCUCGGUGAUUGGCUUAACUACAACGGGGGCAGCGAGGUAUCAGAACCUGCUUACAGAUAUACAGCCACCGGUUGUAAUUGUGGAAGAAGCUGCUGAAGUAUUGGAAGGACAUAUCAUUACAUCCCUUAGUCCAGGGUGCCAGCACCUCAUCCUGAUCGGUGACCACAAACAACUUAGGCCAAAUCCAAACGUGUAUGCACUAGCCAGGAGAUAUAACUUAGAUCUGUCUCUAUUUGAACGGAUGAUCAACAAUGGUUUACAUUGUGAUUGUCUGGAACUGCAGCACAGAAUGAGACCCUCCAUCUCCAAGGUAUUAAGGCACAUCUAUGACAAGUUGAAGGAUCAUGAAUCUGUGUUUGGAUAUGAGGAUGUCCUUGGAGUUUCAGAGAACAUUUACUUCAUUAAUCACUCUGUUCAGGAAUCAGAAAACAAGGAACUCAUGAGUCAUCUGAAUGACUUUGAAGCACAGUACAUCUCGAAACUGUGCCAGUAUUUACUGAAACAGGGUUACAGUCACAGACAAAUUACAGUCCUGUCAACAUAUUCUGCUCAGGUAUCACACUUGAGGUCAAUGAUGAAAGAAGAGAGACAAGAAGGUCUACUGAUAACAGCUGUUGACAAUUACCAGGGAGAAGAAAAUGAUAUCAUUCUUCUGUCCUUAGUACGCAGCAACCAAGAAGAAAAGAUUGGGUUUUUGAAGACCGACAACAGAAUAUGUGUCGCCCUAUCAAGGGCAAAGAUAGGACUAUAUGUUAUUGGGAAUUUUGAUUUACUAUGUCGGCACAGUGAAACUUGGAAAAAUAUCACCCAAGACCUUAAAGAUUCAAAUCAAUUUGGACCAGGUUUGAAACUCUACUGCCAGAGCCAUCCGAGUGCAGAGGGCAUUGUUGUCACUGACCCAAAAAUGUUUCAAUUGGUCCCUGAGGGUGGAUGCAUGAAGCAGUGCCAUUAUGUAUUGGACUGUGGACAUAGCUGUACUCUGAAAUGUCAUGCAUAUGACCCAAAUCAUGUGUUGUUUUCCUGCAAGAAACAAUGUCAGAAGCAGAUUUGCAAACUUGGUCAUCCAUGCCCAGCUACUUGCUCAGAGGAAUGCCCUCCCUGUGAGUUCCCAGUCGUCAAAACUAUUCCUAAAUGUCAGCAUACACUGGAGAUACCAUGCAGCGUGGAUCCGGAGUUGCACGUUUGUCCCAAUGCGUGUGACAAAAUGUUAGAAUGUGGCCAUAAAUGUGGAAAUCUGUGUGGGUAUGAACACAUCUGCUAUGAGACUGUUUCCAAAACAUGGCCAUGUGGUCACACAGGAGAGGUACUGUGUACAGAGCAGGAUCAGGCGCCUUGUCUUGUGGGAUGUAAUGCAAUACUGCAAUGUGGACAUUCAUGCGAAGCAUUAUGUUAUGAAUGCAACGAAGGACGGCUUCAUAUGCCCUGCAAACGGAAGUGUGACAAGAUUCUUUUUGCGGCCAUGCAUGCAGAGCCUCUUGUUCGAAAUGUCCCCCCUGUACAUUUGACUGUGAGAAAGCUUGCUCUCAUGGAAAAUGCCAGGAUCCCUGUGGCCAGAAAUGUCAGGAAUGUGACAAACCAUGUAAAUGGGCUUGUGCACAUUUCAAAUGCACACAAAUGUGUGGAGACAUUUGCGAUAGAGAUCGCUGUGACAAACGUUGUCGGCGAAAGCUCGAAUGUAAACACACCUGUAUUGGUCUUUGUGGAGAAACCUGCCCACGCCUCUGUAGAAUAUGCCACAAAGAUGAUGUUUCACCCUUUCUUACUGAGUCAGAAGACAUUUCAACAGCCAGGUUUAUUCUCCUUGAAAACUGUGGACACAUUGUCGAGGUACAUUCUUUGGACAGAAUAAUGGAGAAAUGCAAAGCCAGCAAACAAAUACAACUUCCAAGCUGCCCAUGGUGUAACACUCUUAUAAGACGUAAUGCCAGGUAUGGGGCUCUACUAAAUCAGAUACACAAACAAA